ACAGAUUUUGUUUAAUUCUGCACACAUGUUAUAGUAGAAUUAAACGUAGUUAUAACGCACUAUAGACAAAACAAUUCUCGGAAUACUGCAACAUUUGUACGAGAAAUACGCGGAAGUUUAAUGGCCAAACUUGUUUUCAAUGUAGAAUCGUAGCUUUACAUUAUAAACCGCUGUGUAGGAGUUAGUACGGAAUAGAAGAUAUGCUAUAUAACGAAUUUGUCUUAGAGGAAGACGAACGGCAAACUAGGUAUCAUAACGUGAAGGUACCAUUUGAGCCAGUGACCGUUCUGAGCGUUACUCUACUAAGAUGCAGAGAUAUUUCAAUGUCAUCGUUUAGCGAUUUUUUCGAUACGCCAGACGUGAAAUUUAACGUAAGAUGUAAAACACUGCCAAGUCCCAACUUAUUUUGUUCUCGCGGACGAGAAGACACGACGACCUAUGACAUAAAUGAGACUUUCAAGUUUAUUAUUCCAAACGACUUGGACGUAACUGCUGGGAUACCCAUUGAGAUUUCCGCAAUUGAUAUUGAUAUUGUUUUCGACGAUUUAAUCGCAAAACGAACAAUUGAUGCCGCUCCGUAUGAAACUAAUGGGAAAGAAAAUUUGCUCACUGUCAGCUUUGGAUCGGUAAGAGAAAAUCAUGGAGAAGUGGAUAUUUCUUUGACAAAGACGUUAAGGACUUCGCCAGAUUUUCGACUUGGCCAUGAGCUACAUAACGGCGAAAGAAUCUUUCGAAAGAAAAGAUUUCCAAAAGUUUUUAAAGCUUUGAACAAAAUUUUGGGAGAGGACGGACCGAAAAAUCUGCUUGAGACACCAGUCGUGGCACUCGCGUCCUCUGGCGGAGGUUACCGUGCUGCAGUUGGACUUUGUGGGGCGAUGGAGGCCUUUAAAGAUAUUGGGGUGUUGGAUACCUUUAUGUACACUGCUGGUGUGUCAGGAUCGGCUUGGUAUUUCACCACAGCCUAUCAGCAACACAGGAUGACACCGAAAGAAAUCACUCAGUUUGUGAAAUCGUUGAAACAGAAUGUGAUACAGAAAUGGGUGUCUGUCGCUUUACAAGUUGUCCUUCGAGAAGGUUAUUUUAACUUUGUCGAGGAAAAACAACAGUACGGCCAGCCUACUUCUUUUGUUGAUUUUUUUGGUUAUCUGAUUGGAACCUCACUGCUAGGCAAAGAAGACCGAUGGAAAAAACUAUCAACGAUCCAAAGCUACCUUACAUCGGCUGACGUUCCAUUCCCUCUUAUUGAAAUGCUCCAUGUUAAGAAUAGAGCGUUGGCUUCAACUUUUCACGUUUAUAUUGAAUGCUCUCCGUACGAAUACAAUCUCCCCGUUUUCGGAUAUGGGAUUCCAGUCGAUCAAUUCGGGUCUGUAUUUAACGGAGGUUUUCUAGCAAGACGUUGCCCUGAGCUUCCAUUGCAUUUUCUGCAAGGAACUGUUGGUUCUGCAUUUUCAGUCAUUUUCAACGCGUUUGCCACCGGAGAAACAUCAUUGGAGUUCAAUAAAUACAUAGACCAUCUUCGAGUAAAAGGAAAAUCAAAAUCCAAAACUGGUACAACAAAUGGAACUAACAAGAAUAAAGAAAAGUUAGAGAUUGAAUCUGAUUCGGAGAUAGACAGCGACGACGAAGAAGAAAACGACCGAGAUCCAGUUACUUCUCAAGGCAACGGUGAUCAAGAAAACGGAGAGAACUCAGAAAGAGAAAAGUCGUUUUUAUCUACUAUUUUGGCCUCUCUUAAGGAUACGGAACUGUUCCAAUCAAGAGUAAGCUUUCUGGGACGAACAGCGAAAUAUUUCAAUUUCUCGCGUGGAUUUAAGGACAUUACAACUUACUAUAUGAAUCCUUUGGGAGAGCCGGCAUACCAAGGACCUGAACAAAAACAAUUAGCUGCUAGACUUGGAAUUCGCGAGAGAAAGAAAAUGUCGACAAAGAGGGAUAUCAUCUCAGUUGUAGACGCAGGUGUUUUGAACAAUGUACCGACGGACGUGAUUUUACGACCACAGAGAGCGGUUGAUGUACUGAUAGUUACAGAUUUUACAGCCUCGCCUUCAGAUGAAAAGUUAGACUUUACGCAAAUUCUCAUUGCUGCGGUACAAGCCUGGCAAAAUGGAAUGAAAUUUCCGCCGAUCAGUUUUGAUAAGAUAGCCAACCUACCACCCCAAGAAUAUAUUGUUUUGGAAGACGAAAACGACGACGAAUGUCCGAUAGUUGUUUGGAUAACUUUAUGCAACAAAAAGUUCCAAAAUUUGAAAAACUUUAAGCCCAGAUACAGCACGGAAGACGUACCGGAGGGGCAAAAAUUUAAUGACUUCAACGUUUUUACGAAAGAAACUGCGUUUUCUACUUUCGACUUCGACUAUACUGGUCUGGAGUUUGAUCAACUUGUCGAAUUAAUGUAUUAUAACGUCACGAGCUGCUCUGACACUAUUCAAGCAGCUAUCAAACGUGCAAUUAAGAAAAAGCGACGUAAACGUGCGAACCAAAGCGAUAUCGAUGUUGUUGCGGACCAGCAAGCAUACGGCACAUACGUAUAAUGAUUAUAAUUAAAAAGCGACAUUUUAGCUGUUAUGUUUAUACGUGCAUUUCACUGCGAUCGAAUUUUAUUUUUUAUUUGCGCUUUUUAUAUACCUAUCUCAUAAAGUGAAACUGCAAUUUUAUAUUUUACUUGGUACCCAAUUAAGUUAUUUCGUUCCCUGUGUUUUUAAUAUUUACUGUAGCACUUUUAACCAGAAUUUGUACGCUACAGUUACACUGUACCAAUUAAGCAGUUGAUUUUAUAUUACAAUUUAAACAAAUAUCAUUUAUAGCAGUUGCACAAACACGAAAGUUCCGAAAACUUUUAUACGCAGAAUAAAUAUGCAUAUAGUGUGUAUACAGACCUAUCUGGUAAAUGUAGCACAUUCUUACUUGCAAAUAUAAAUAAAAACGACAUUUUUAAUCAUACACCCCAGUAAAAUAUGCAAUAUUGUA